UCUGCGAACACCUAUAGAGGAGUCUUCGAUCGCUCGGAACCUUCGCGUAUCUUCACACAUUGACCUUGACCUUGACAUUGACUUUGACCUUGACAUUGACCUUGACCUUUACCAUGGCCGUCGGUUGUGGCGCUGCGUGCGCUAAAAUGCUGCUGUUCGUCUUCAACUUCGUCUUCUGGCUGUCAGGAGCCGGUCUCAUCGCAGUCGGAAUCUGGUUCCUCGUAGCUGAAGAGAACGCCUACAUACUCGAGAUACUCGGAACAUCGUCAGACGAUGAACUCAUGACGGUUGCAGCCUGGGCGGUGAUAGGCAUCGGUGUGCUCGUCUUCGUUAUUGGCUUCCUUGGAUGCUGCGGCGCGAUCAAGGAGAGCAAGUGCAUGCUGAUCACGUAUUUCAUCUGCCUGCUGAUCAUACUGGUCGCCGAGGUUGGUGCUGGAGUGAUGGCUGUUGUCUACAAGGACUCGAUCACCGAGUUCAUGGAUAAGGAGAUUCCUGAUUCGCUUAAGACGUCGUACAAGGAUCCGACCAUGAACAGCUACACGGAAGCGUGGGACUGGAUGCAGGUUACCCUGGAAUGCUGCGGUACGACAGCGUUAAGAACUACAGCGGUAAAACAUCUACUAGUCAGGAUGAAGAUAAGGUUGCCGGUCACUUGCUUGAUACGAUGA